CAUAUGCAUCUUGAGGUGAAUAAUACGUGGCAUAGGUUUGAUAAUCAGUCCUGGCAACCUGUAUUGGUUGUCACACCUAAGGAUAUUUUGGAAAAACACUUUUAUAAUGUUACAUUUCUGCAGGUAGAUUAUACUUAUAAUGGAUCUAAAGGAGAAUCUUCAAAGUGGCCUUAUUAUAAAUGCGAAGACUGUACCUUUAAGUUUUAUGAUAAUUUCUUUGGGACUUUGAUUCCCGUGUUUAAUUUGAGUGAUGACAAAAUCAGAGUGAAUGUCCAUAAUAUGUCAAUCCGGAUGGGAGUUGAUUCUAAUUAUGUGGACACUAAAAAUGUUAGUUUAGCUAUGGAAAAAUCUAUUUGCAGAUGGUUUCCACAUUCAUGGCAAUAUGUGAUUGGUAUUCAUAGGUCUAUUAUGCAUAAUGAUUCCACGUACUAUGAUAUUCCUCUUGAUGUAAAUAUAACUGGAAAUGUUUCCAAACAUUAUGAAGGUGGUAAUGUUGUAUUAGGCAAUGAGGAAAAACAAACGAGGGAUUAUACUUUACAUCCAACAGUAUAUUCUCUUGCAUUUGUACCACCAGAUUUGGAUGAAGUUACUUUAGUGAAUUACAAAACAGAAACUUACCUGGUAAAUGCUGAUGACUACUGGUCAUUGAAGACUGGGUGCCCUAGAGCACAGCUCUGGGAUACUAUAAUUAGAUACCAUGUGGAUGUAGCAGAUAGAAGAACUCUGAAAUGGUGGUUGACACAAGGAAUGGAUUUCUCUACUUGGUCUAGUAAAAUAUAUCCAGGAAAAUUACCUUAUUACUGGUAUAUGUUAUUGCCAGGAAGUAAUAAUGAAUGGAAUCUUUAUGAUAUUGUAACACAUGAUGUUUUACAUAAUAAUACUGAUGUGUUUGAUGCACAUGCAGGUAAUCAUAUUAUAUAUAGUACAAAGAUGGAUAUGCAGAAAUGCUACAUGGAACCGACCUCUUUGAAUCCUUGUUUAAUCGAUAGGGGAGGAUUUAAUGAAACCAGGGGAUGGGUUACUGCCCAUUUCCCAAGAGCGGUCCUCUUCCCACGCAAGGAAAAGGACGGUAAUUUUAUGAAGACUUUAGAGGCUCCAGGAUUUUUACCUUUACUACAUCAGCCAGUUAGAUUUUUGAUACAACCACAAGUACAGCCAAUUGUGUUACGAUUGUCUGUUAGUGAUUUGUUGAAAGGUGAAACUGUAUGUCCUUCUUUUGAGUCUACUGUGUUGCCAGAUUUGUUUUAUUCAGUUCAAAGAAAUGCAGCAGGACGGAGACCUUUGCAGUUCGCAGCGAUUGGCGCUUUCCUGGCCGGAGCAGCUUUGGGGGCAGCAAUCGCUGGAGCAAUGACGGAGGAACUUCGAGUGGAAAUUUCAGCUCUGCGAGGACUUCAGAAUAAACAGAACUUUGUUAUCUCACAAUUAUCUAAAAAUCUGCACUCCGCAUCUUUACUUAUGGAAAGACUUUCUGCAGAACAGGAACUUUUGAAACAUCAUGUUGAUUCAUUAAGUAAGGUGAUUGAGACCAUGGAUGCAUCAUGGAAUGUGCGUAUGAAACAAUUGGAGGCAACUCAGGAGUGUGAACAUUUGCAAGCAAUGAUCACCGCGGGAUUAGAAGAAAUAAGACUGUUAUUUAGAACUGGCAUAGGCAUGGAAACUGCAUCAGCUAUAACCAUAUUAGAUCCUACAAAGGAUUCUUGGUGUGAAACUGGUGUCUGUAUGAUUAAUUUAUGGCAAAUGUCGACAUCUAAGGUUGUAAUAGGAUAUCCAACUAAGGCUAUACCGAAGAAAAUUGGUAAAGAUUGGAUAAUACCAUUUGAUAAGUUUUAUUGGUUAAAAUGGGACAAUAUGUCAUAUUAUGUGCCUAGUGAAGCCACUUAUGCGAUAGGUAAAACAACUGUUAUAGCCUAUGAUCUUUUCUCAGAUGAACCUAGGACUUCUGAUAUAACUAUAUCUAUGCCUCAGGCUACUUUGUUAGAUCUUGGGAAUUUUAAUAUGUUGUCUUGUUAUCCUGAACCGUACAUGGUUCAACGAUGGCAAAACAUUUCUUAUAGUGAUUCUUUGAGUCUGAAUGCUGGUUGCCAUAUACAUACUAAUGUCAUGAUGAUGGAACAUAUGAAUUUGACCGUUCAGAAACAUCUGUUUAGGAGUUUGAAUUUUACUAACACGAGAAAUGUACGAGUCCUGACUCAGGUGGUUUAUUUGUCUAAUCAUACUUUUGGGUUACAUACUUUUGUGCCCCAGCCACCUCUGUCGGAAGAAUAUAAACAUAUGAUGAAGGCGACGGAGGCAGCUAAGUCCAUUUAUGCUUCAUUGGGAAAGGAAAUUGAGACAGUACAUAAUCAAACUACUGAACUUCUCCAAAGAUUCUCAGGAGAAACUCAUAAAGUUAAAAUGUUGGUUGAUUCCGGAUACUUGAUUCCGCGUGACUUUCAGUAUACUUAUGAUUGUAGUUUUGUAGGUUUCUUUAGAAAAUUGGUUCAUGCAGAUGUUAGUUGCAUUAUGAGAUGGAACCCUUUCCAUUGGCUUAAGGAAGGAUUGCUAUAUGUAUGUUGUUUUGUAUUAUUUGUAUUAUGUAUUAAGGUUUGUUUAAAGAUUAAUAAGUCUGCAGGAAAGAAAACUUACAUUAAAAUGGAUAAACUUCAACAUUACAGGGACCAUGAAGCGAAAGGCACUAAGAAAAUCAAAUCUAAGAAGGAGAAGGACGGAAAGAUCGAGGAAUUAUUCUGAACAGUUGCACUAUGCAAAUUGUCAUCUUUGCAUCGAAUUUCAUAAUUUCUUGAGGAACUAUGUCUGUGGACCAGAUAAUCAUCAAACGGAUAUUAGGACGCAAGCUGAGGAACGACCUAUUAUUCAGGAAGGACCGGAUGACUCCAAUUCCGAUGUUCUCUGAAAAAGA